AUGGCGGGGAGAGAAGUCCACAAGGAAACUGUUGGGAAAUCAUGUGCGAAAACAGUUCUUGUCAGCAUCUUUCCAGAAGGACAUCCUGAAAAGACUAUCAUGGCCUAUGCAAUCAUCGAUGAUCAGAGCAACACAACGCUUGCCAGUGAGGCUGUUGACCUGUUAAAAAGAACGCAAGAGGCUCUGAAAGAAAAUGGAAAUCUUCGACUGUGCAAAAUCGCCUCCAACAGCUGUCAGGUGAUGGAAGCAUUUCAUCAGGAGGAUCGUGCGAAGGACCUCAAGGACUUGGACUUAGGGUCACGGUUACUUCCUAUUCAAAGAAGCCUAGGAUUUGGAUGGGACCUCUGUACUGACUCAUUUAAAUUCAUUGUGUCCAGAACAGAAAAACCCUACACCAAAAGAGGUAUCCUGUCCACAGUCAACAGUGUUUAUGACCCUCUCGGAUUUGUGGCCCCCAUAACUGUGCAAGGUAAGAUCCUCCUUCGAGAACUUAUCUCAGGAUCAAAGGACUGGGAUGAACCUUUGCCUUCAGAACAUGAGCCUAAAUGGAUGGCAUGGAAGGAACUCUUAGGACGCUUGGAAACCCUCACGGUACCCCGUAUGUACUUGCCAGGUGUAGACUACAGUGGACCCAAGGAGGUCCACAUCUUUUCUGACUCCUCAGAAAAAGCCAUUGCUGCAGUAGCCUACAUGAGAAGUGCAAACCCCGUUGAUCAAGGAAACCUUGGCUUCAUCAUUGGGAAAGCGAAGGUUGCACCAACUACUGGACAUACCAUACCACGAUUGGAGCUAUGUGCUGCAGUGCUAGCAGUUGAGAUAGGUGAGCUAGUGUCAGAGCAGUUGGACAUUCCCCUUAACUGUUUCCACUUUUACACAGACUGCCGAGUUGUUUUGGGCUACAUCCACAACAGAACAAGACGUUUCUACAUAUAUGUGGCAAAUAGAGUGGAGAGAAUCCACAAGUCUACAAAACCGGAGCAGUGGAAAUAUGUCCCCACGGACUUGAACCCUGCUGACCAUGGAACACGGCCUUCCAACGCCUCAACCAGUAAAGUUAAUUCCUGGUUACUUGAGAAAAUGCAUCACAGGACAUUCUGGACUAUCCACUGUCUGAUGCAGACACAGAUCAGGAGGUCCAGACAGAGAAAGUGA